AUGCGAAAGUUCACUGAGUGGAUGCCAAAGGAGUUGGAAGUUAUGAAAAAAGAUCCGGUUUUUUCUCAGAUUUUUAAGCUGCAUAAGAAUGGUCUUUGGUUCUCAGCGAGAGUGGUACACAGCUUCUUGUGUAGGGAGCUGGAGUUCGAAGACUGGAAAUAUGACGGUGGUUUCUGGAGCAAUGUGUUGAGGAGAAAAGAUGGAACAGUUACACUCUUCAACCUGUGGAAUAAGGACAAGGAAGCUGUUAAGAAGUGGAAGAAUGCAGAUCGCAUACGACUCAUCUAUCUGGCCAUCAUUCUUUGUGUGGUUUUAGCGAGAGAUGAGAAGGCUAAUAUCCCCCUCAAAUACAUCAAGGUGGUCAUGGAUCUUGAGAAGAUUUGGGCAAUGGAAGCUGUACCAAAGAUUGGGAAUCUUUGUGGAAAAAAACUUGACAAAGGUUUCACGAACGGUCCUAGAUGCAUAAACUGGAUGGGAGCUGGAAAUGUGUCAUAUGAGGAGAUUAUUUGGUUGGAGCAAAUACUGACACCUGAGGAUGACAUCUAUGCAUAUAUCGACUGGAGAGGAAAUUAUGAUGUAGUCCAAUCUGAUGCUUUUCGCAGAGAUGAUGAUGUGGAGGAUGAUAGAAUCAAGAAACUGAUGGAGUUGAUAAGAACAAAACAUGAUUUUAGUGACCAUAUUUGGGAAAUCAAAGAAACUCCAGAGGUUUGUUCAGAUCUUCAUGAUGAAGCACCUGUGAAUGAUGAAUCGGCUGUGAAUGAUGAAUCAGCUGAGAAUGAUGAAGACUAUCAUACUCCAAAAGGAUCAAAGAACCUAAGCUCUACAUCAAGAAGGGGUAAGAAGAGGCUUCCGGAUCGUGGUAUGGAAAAAAGGAAGCAUAAGGUUCUCUCUAGUGGACCUAAGCAAGCGCCUUUUAAUGAAGACAUGAAGGCUUUUGUGGCACAGUUGUUUGAGCAGAGUUUCUCUGGAAUAGAACAGCGGCUACAAAGACAGAUGACUGAGACAGUUGAGCAAAUGAAGACAGAGCUUAAAGAUUCACGGAAGGAAGCAAGCGUUGACGUUGAGCUUGGAGAGCCUUUAGCGUAG